AUGGCUUGUCCACUGAUAAAUCUUCUCUUCUUCUUCCUUUUCAUGUUUCUACCAUUUUCCACCCUAGCUCAAACCUCCAAAAACAUUUCUUUAGGCUCAUCUCUCACUGCACUAAAUGAAGAUAACUCAUCGUCAUGGACAUCGCCAUCUGGUGACUUUGCUUUCGGUUUUCAAAGAAUCGGAAAAGAUGGGUUCUUACUAGCCAUUUGGUUCGAUAAGAUAAAAGAUAAAACUAUAGUCUGGUCAGCCAAUGGGGACAAUCUAGUUCCAGAGGGAUCCAAAGUUGAGCUUUCGAACGGUGGCAAGUUUAUGCUCAAUGAUGCAACCGGCAAGCGCAUAUGGUCUGCUCAAUUUGUUGGUCCUGGAGUUGCCUAUGCAUCCAUGCUAGACACUGGAAAUUUUGUACUGGCGGAUCGAAGUUCAUCCAAUGUGUGGGAGAGUUUUGAUGAACCAACGGAUACAAUACUACCUACACAGAUUCUAAAUCAGAACGACAAACUCUUUGCGCGCUACACAGCGACAAAUUACUCACGGGGAAGAUUCAUGUUUAUUCUACAAUCUGACGGAAAUCUCUUGCUUUACACAACGAGAUUCCCGCUGCCGACAAACAAUUUUGCUUACUUUGCAACCAUGACUAUGUAUGCCGGCUUUCAGUUCAUCUUCAAUCAGUCCGGCUAUCUUUACCUUACUGCAAAGAACGGAAGCAUACUGAAUAUGGUAUCAUCCAACACAGUUUCCAUGCAAAAUUUCUACCAUAAAGUAACUCUGGAGCAUGACGGAGUUUUGAGGCACUCUGUUCAUCCUAAAACCGCUGCCUCAAGUGCCGGAAGCCCCAUGGCUUGGUCCCCUUUGACCUCCGAACCUUCCAAUAUUUGCUUAAGAAUUGAAGGAGCCAUAGGCAGCGGUGCAUGUGGAUACAACAGCCUCUGCAGUUAUAAUGAUAAAGGACCAACUUGCCAAUGUCCUUAUGGCUACACAUUUAUUGAUCCCAAUGAUAUCUUGAAAGGAUGCAAGCAAAACUUUGUUUCACAAAGUUGUGAUGCGGCCUUGCCGGAGACAGAGAGUUUUGAUUUUCACGAGAUGCAAAGCACAGAGUGGGCUGGCGGUGGUUAUGAGCAAUUUACAUCAGUAUCGGAGGAAUGGUGCAGACAGAAUUGCUUAGACGAUUGUUUUUGUGUCGUUGCCAUUUUCAAGGAUAGAGAGUGUGAAAAGAAGAGAAUUCCUCUUUCGAAUGGAAGAAUGGACCCGAGUAUUGGUGGAAAAGCUCUCAUCAAAGUAAGGAAAGACAACUCCUUGAAGUAUUGA